ACAAAGAAAAGAGAGUGGAAGUCAGAGGGGGAGAGAGAGAGAAUGACAAAAGCUUCACAGAUUGAAUUUGCUCCCCUGUAUACUGGAGAGAAAGAAUAGGACCAUGUUGGUAUGGAAUGAGGUCUUUGAUCACAUGAAAAAGUGGAGGAAGCUGCAGAGAGCCAGUGCUAGCUGCUUCAGUUGCAUGCUUCUGAACGCUUCCUUCACCUCACCAGUCGUGUGUGAACAAUUGAAUUUCCCUAAGGAUUUUGGAUUUGCAAGAGCAAAACUUAAGCUUCUAGAGUCAGAGGUGUCAUGCAGACUGAUCAGCACUCCGUGCUGGGAGCGUGCAGCUUUGCACACAUGGAUUUGAGCUGCACUGUGCAGAUACGUUGGCGUGUCACUGAGCCAUCCAGACAGACAUGUGCCAUGCCCCCAACCCUCUGCCUUUGAGGAGCUUCAGAAACAAUGUACUGAGCUGAUAAAUCCUGCCGGGGAGCAAGGAGCAACUCGGUCUCUGCUACAGCCCUGACGUUUAUGGAAAACAAGGAGAGGAGGUCACUUCAACCCCUGCUUUCCUGGAGGAGCGCUGCUGGGCAAAAGUGAAGAGCUCAACCUUUCUGCAGGCGCAAAGGAACCGGAACACAAAAAGUCCAUCGUCCCGGAUACCCAGCUCCUACAGCGGCCAGCAGUUACUGCCUGGGGAAAGCAGUUAAGAGCCGGCUAUAUCCCAAAUACCUUCCUGAGCAUGUCUUCCAGAUUCUGGGGCUUUAUCAACACCCAAGGCUGAAGCUGUAUCCAGAACUUCAUGGGCAUGAUAUAAACAAACCUGCCUCUGGACAUGUCAUGGCUUAAAAUAGAUGUUCAUACAUCAGCCUUUCUACAGCAGCGGCGGCAGCAGCAGGAAGACAUGGCCGACUGGAUCUGACUACAACACUCGCUUUGAGCCGAGAAAUCACAGCCCUUACAAAGGACCGUGGGUGGCAGCAGCAGCAGAAGUGACCUCCAGGCCACUCUCCGGCCUUCACGAACCCACAGGUAUGCCUUGUGGGUCUCGGCAGCCCCAAUGGCUUUCCUGUCCAGGUUCUCCAGGAAUGGCACCAGGUCACCAAGCCGUGGCUCACGGGAAGAGCGCAACAACCACCCCAUCCUCAGCGUCUUUGAGCUUGAAAGGUUGCUGUACACGGGAAAGACAGCCUGUAAUCAUGCUGAUGAGGUCUGGCCGGGACUCUACCUGGGCGAUCAAGAUAUAGCAGCCAACCGGCGCGAGCUGGCUCACCUGCGCAUCACCCACAUCCUCAACGCUUCGCACAGCAAGUGGAGGGGGGGUGCCGAGUACUAUGAGGGCACGGGCAUCCGCUACCUGGGCAUCGAGGCCCAUGACUCGCCUUCCUUCGACAUGAGCCCCUACUUUUAUCCUGCAGCUGACUUCAUCCACCAAGCGCUGAACGAAGGAAGGAUCCUUGUGCACUGUGCUGUCGGGGUGAGCAGGUCGGCCACCUUGGUCCUCGCCUACCUCAUGAUCCGCCACCACAUGCCCCUUGUAGAAGCCAUAAAGACCGUCAAGGACCACCGCGGUAUCAUCCCCAACCGGGGUUUCUUGCGCCAGCUGGUCGCCCUGGACAAUGCCCUGAGGCUGAAGAGGAGCGCGUGAAGGAGGACAAGAGGAGCUGUGUGGUGGGAGCAUUGUGUGUGCGGUGCUCACUUGACCCUGAUGCCCGCUGAGUGGCAGAGAGGGGGCUUUCCUCCCGGCGCAGACGCUUGGCAGCUGAUGGGUCACACGCAGCUAGCCCCUGGGCCUCCCCCUCAGCUAAGGGGGUCCCAGACAUGCGAGCUAUUCCUAGUGGUAAAGCAUAGGCCCUCAACCUGCAGUCUGGCCACCUAGGUGGGCCUAACGUAUAGCCUCCUUCCCAGCCUCUACUCGCUCCGAGAUGCCUCCGGAGGGACUCAGCCCCAUGUUACAGGUUACUCUACCCCUGUUGGCUCCGGGAAGCCUUCAAGGCUUCAUUCUCCCGCGUGGUGGAUGCAUUUGCCUAGCCAGUCCUGUCCCACCUUCCCAGGAGACUGAAGCUCUGCGUGUCCCUUGUCUUGUUUCCCAUUCAUUUUUGGUCUGUGUAGCCAUGUGAAAUCGGUCUGGUGUGUGAGCUCGGGCGAACAGGCCUUUUGUCGUAGUGUUUGGAUGUCCUCCAUGCCUAGUGUUAACCUGUACGAAUAAAGACAGCGCUAAGGAAAAAGC